UUGAACGCAGCACGGGACUUGACAGCUGAACAACAAAACAUGGCGGCUGCUAGCCAGUACAAGCCGUCAACAUCUUCAAUUUUUAUUAUCUUUCAGCAGUCAUUAAAUGACCUGGACUACAAAGAAUUUGCCUAAAGGGACGGUGAACGACCGUACUUCUUUCGCCUUUGCUGGACGUUUUUCUGGUGUCUCCCAUGUCCAUGAAGCUUGUGAGUGAAAGCGAAUUACAGCCUGAAAGUGAACUGACACUACAGAGGACUUUAGGCAGGUCGUUUGGACUAGGGGACCUCACCUGCACACUCCCAUGUCUCAGAUAAACUCUGCAAAGCAACCCACCCCGUCCUCGGUGAUGAUGUCAUCACCUCCCGCAAAGUCAUCCAUCGUGUCGCCCGGCUCCAAAUCCCAGCCACCUCCUUGCAAAGCUCUGGAUAAUUUGUCCAUAUCCUCUCUCCUGUCUGGGGAUCUGGACGAUGAAGGAGAAGGAGGAGAGGGAGAUGGGGAGCAGGAAGGACUGGGAGAUUUGGAGGUGAACCCAUAUGAUGGUUUGCCUUUUUCCUCACGGUACUAUACCCUUCUGGAAGAGAGGCGACAGCUCCCUGUUUGGAAGCUCAGACAGAGUCUUCUGGAGCAUCUGGAGAGCCAUAACAUGCUGCUGCUGAGUGGACCUAGUGGAGCUGGAAAAAGCACUCAGGUGCCACAGUGGUGCGUGGAAUUUGCGUUAUCCUAUGAAUUUUCUCAUGGCCUAGUAUGCUGCUCACAGCCUUACUCUGAAGCAGCAGUGAGUUUGGCUCUCCGUGUGGCUGACGAGAUGGACCUCAGCUUGGGCUUGGAGGUGGGCUACAGGGUAUCUCACGAUGACAGCUGCACACCAGAUACUUUGCUCAGGUUUGUCAGCGACACUUUGCUGCUCGGGGAAAUGAUGUCGGACCCCCUGCUACAUCAGUAUGGCAUCGUGAUCUUGGAUGAGAUACAGGAGCGCACGGUUUCCACCGACGUCUUGCUGGGCCUGCUGUGUGACGUCUGCCGCCAAAGGCCCGACAACUUCCGAGUGGUUCUCCUCACUCACCCCACCCUCGCGCCCCGCCUCUCGGAUUUCUUGGGACCCUCCAUCCCUUCUCUGUCCAUAAACGGCCCGUUGACUGAGGCCCCUUCCACACAUAAGGAAAUGAUUGAUGGGGCUGGUGCCGACAUGCAGAAGACAGAGAUUCUGUACCGGGAGCUUUUAUCAGGGAAGGAACCCAUGGCCGCCGCCUGUCACAUUGUGUUGGAUUUGCACCGAAGAGGAGAAGAGGGAGAUGUAAUGGUUUUUCUGGCCAGUGGGCAGGAAAUAGAAGAGUGCCUGAUUCUGCUGGAGAAGGAGUGUGUAGCUCUGAGUCCUCAGCUUGGAGCGCUACGAUUCUUCUCUCUGCACUCGGGAAUGGGCGGUCAGACCCAACGAGUUUACGAAUCCGACCCCGACUUCACGACACCAGUGAAGAAUGACAGUUCCGAAGAUGUGGACGGAACCAAAUGUCCGGGUGUCAAAAGGAGGAUUUUCCUCACUGAUACUCUCGGAGAGGCUUCAUUCUCCCUGCAAGCAAUACGCUAUGUCAUAGACACAGGCCUUCAACUCAAAACUGUUUACAAUCCACAAAUAAGAGCAAACUCACAGGUCCUGAGGACAAUCAGUAAACAUCAGGCGGACAUACGAAGUCAGAGGGUAAACAGCCACCUUCCAGGACUUUGUAUCCGCCUGUAUUCUCAAUUGCUGUAUGAGGAAGGGAUGGUGGAGGGACAUUGUCCAGGGGUGAUGGAGGAAAACCUCAGCCAUCUGGUGCUUUUGCUGAAAAGACUUGAUAUCGCUGACAUGGGACAGUGCAAGUUCUUGGACAGGCCAGCCCCUGAGGCUCUAAUGCAGGCGUUGGAAGACUUGGACUAUCUUGCAGCGCUGGAUGACGACGGCAACCUGUCGGAAGUGGGCAUCAUAAUGUCGGAGCUGCCGCUCGAGCCUCCGCUGGCCAAAGCGCUGAUUGCUGCAUGCGAGUACGACUGUGUCGAUGAGCUUCUUACCGUAGCUGCUAUGCUAACAGCUCCUUCCUGCUUUAUGACGACAGAACCCAGAAGAGAAGAAGCGGCCCUUGCAUUGUGGAGACCUCUGAUGCACACAGAUGGAGACCAUAUGUCUCUGAUUAAUAUUUAUAAUGCGUUCAUGGAGCAUAAUCAGGAUGAGGCCUGGUGCAUUGCAAACUUCCUCAGUCACUCUGCCUUACGACUUGCUGCGGUGAUCAGGGGGGAGCUGCUGGAGGUGAUGCAGCGAAUAGAGCUUCCUGUUUCUCCUCCGGCUUUUGGAUGCCAAGACAACUGCACAAAUAUUAAACGUGCACUCCUCUCCGGCUUUUUCCUCAAAAUUGCUCAUGAUGUGGAUGGCUCCGGUAACUACCUCUUGCUAACUCACCGCCAUGUGGCUCACCUCCAGCCGUUCUCCUCUUACCUUUGUCGUCCGUCGGGCCCCAGCCCCCCCAGUUGGGUCCUCUACCACGAAUUCACCAUCUCCCGAGAUAACUGCAUCCGCAUCGCUUCUGAAGUCGACCCGCAGAUGCUUGUGGAACUGGCACCUCAGUACUUCCUUGGAAACCUUCCAUCAAGUGAUGCCAAAGAGCUGCUGAUGGAGCUGAGGCAAAAUCUGGACCCGCGGUCAGAUGAGUCACAGGAGCACGGCAGGACUCACGGCGACGUUGACCGGAGAGAAGAGGCUCAGUCCAAUACAGAACUCUGCGUCGUCCAGUAAAACAACUGGAAAAAGCUAAGCUUCUUAAAAGAAGACUCGAACUUAAAGCUGUUAUUUCAUCAUCUGAUUUAAGAUUUGGUACUUUUUAUUCUUUAGCAGAUACAAUCUGAUUGGAGAUUAGUUUCUUUUCAUCUGUGAUAAAAAUUGUAAAAGAUAUUUAAAAAUGGACCACUGAAGGAAAACACUGACAUGAAAAAUAUGUGUUGCUCGGAAUGAACUGUCUGUUGAUUCACUGUCAGAGACAUAUUAAUUUAUCUGUUUUGUCUAAAUGUAAUAUUUCAUUUCAAACUUUUUUUUAAGUGAUAUUACUUUGUUGCUGUUGAGUGCUGUAAUACUUGUUUUUAAACUAUUGUAAAUGACUGGGUUGACAUAGCCUCAACGACUGAGGUCAUUUUUGUCUGGCUAAAAGAUAAAAAUGCUGAGACACUAAUAUCACGUGGCUUUUGACCCUGGUUCAGGUGCCCAAUGGAUAGCUUUAAUGAUAGCUGUGGGUAAUGGAGCUGUGGUCCAUGAAUCUGCAAUUUCCCCUUUUUUUAUUGUUCGUUUUUUUUGUUGUCUUUCUGUCCUCGAGCUUUAUAAUACUCUUUGCAAUGAGUAAAAAUGGGAAAAAAA